GCUCAUCGUUCGGCCCGGUCCGGUCAGUAUGUGAGUGACGGUGAUAGUGUCCGCAGCAUCUCGCUACAAGUGUUCCAGCUGCAAGUACUGAUUACCGUGUAACUGAGACAAGCAAAUGGCAUUGGAAGGUUCUAAGUGACUCCCGUCAAGCAGUGUAAAAACAUUACCAUGACGAACCUCGUCAGAUGGUCUACCGUAUGGUUGGUGGUUGUGGUCGCCAUCGCAGCCGGUCCCGUACCACUCCAAUCCCCCACCAAUGCACCUACGCUAUCCGAGACCGAAGUUCGCCAAUCUUUGGAAACGAUCGAACAGCGUUAUCAGCAAGCGAAAGCCCUGCAAACGCUAGCUGCCUGGGAGUACGGGUCGAACUUGACGCAGAUUAACCUGGCGAAAAAGACGAAAGCCGCUACCGAGUUCGCAGAGGUGGCUAAGACAAUAGCGGAAGAACUGCGCCAACUGCCGACCGAUCAGCUGACGGACGACGAUCUGAAGCGUCGAAUACAGAAACUUUCCAAGCUGAAGUAUGCCGUCCUGCCGGCGGAUCAAUUCAAGGAGCUGCUGGGUGCGAUCGCCACCAUGGAAUCGAACUACGCAAAGGCAAAGUUCUGCGCAUUCGGUGAUUCGGCCAAGUGUGACCUUUCGCUCGAUCCGGAGCUGACGGAAAUCUUUGCCAACCAUCGCGAUCCGGAGGAGCUGAAGUACUACUGGGUUCAGUGGUACAAUGCGACCGGGGCACCGGUCCGCGAGUCCUUCCAGAAGUACGUUGAGCUGAACCGGCAGGCGGCCCUUCGGAAUAAUUUCAGCUCCGGGGCGGACGUUUGGUUGAGCGAGUACGACGAUAGCACGUUCGGGCAGCAGGUCGAUGACGUUAUCGAGCAGAUACGACCUCUGUACGAGCAGCUGCACGCAUACGUGCGGUUCAAGCUGCGCCAAAAGUAUGGCGAUAAGCUGGUGUCUCCGACCGGUCCCAUCCCGAUGCAUAUGCUCGGUAACCUGUGGGCGCAGACUUGGGACAAUAUUGCCGAUUUUACCACACCGUUCCCGGAGAAAAAGCUGCUGGACGUGACGGAUGAAAUGAUCCGCCAGGGCUACACGCCGAUCAAGAUGUUCCAGAUGGGAGACGAUUUCUUCACCUCGCUCAACAUGACCAAGCUACCUCAAUCGUUCUGGGAAAAGAGCAUCCUCGUAAAACCGGCCGACGGGCGUGACCUGGUGUGCCACGCGAGCGCUUGGGACUUUUUCUCGAUCGACGAUGUACGGAUCAAGCAGUGCACGCGCGUAAAUAUGCGUGAGUUUUUCGUGGUUCAUCACGAGCUCGGCCACAUCCAGUACUAUCUGCAGUAUCAGCAUCAGCCCGUCGAGUUCCGUGGUGGAGCGAAUCCCGGCUUCCACGAAGCCGUCGGAGACGUGCUUUCGCUGUCCGUAUCGACACCGAAGCAUCUGAAGAAGGUUGGUCUGCUGAAGGACUACGAAGAAGACGAGCAGGUUAAGAUCAACCAGUUCUAUCGGGCCGGUGUAACGAAGCUAGUGUUUCUGCCGUUCGCCUACACGCUGGACAAAUAUCGAUGGGGUGUGUUCCGUGGGGAAAUUAAAACGAACCGUAUGGUUCCAACACUGCUGCUGCUGCUGCUGGUGAUUACCUUCGGAGCUUCAGCGCGCGCUACGGAUCCGGAGCUAGAACGUAGUGAGUUGGCCGCCCAGCGCUAUGUGACCGAUCUGGAGGAGGAGAUACUGGCGCGCAACAAUAACGCGACCGAGCUUUCGUGGGCCUACGAGUCGAACAUCACGGAGGAAGCAUUGAAGCAGCGCAAUGAGGCUGCAUCGCGCAAUGCGAACUUUUUCAAGGAAGUGGCCCGCGAGUUACGGCUGUACGAUUAUAACAGCUUCAAGGAUGCCGAUCUGAAGCGUCGUAUCAAGAAGCUUACCGAUCUGGGAUAUGCGGCGCUUGAUGAGCCAAAGUUUUCCCAGCUCGUCGAUGCCAUCUCGCGCAUGCAGGAGAACUAUGCCACGGCGAAGGUGUGCCAGUAUCAGAACGCGUCAAACUGUAACUUUGGGCUGGAACCGGAGCUGACGGAGACGCUGGCGAAGAGCCGCGAUCCGGAGGAGCUUAAGUACUACUGGGUGCAAUGGCACGAGGUUGCUGGUAAGCCGGUACGGAAGGACUUUGAUGAGUAUGUGGCGCUGAACCGAGAAGCAGCUCAGCUAAACAACUUCACCUCAGGUGCUGAGUAUUGGUUGGACGCGUACGAGGAUGAUACGUUCGAGCAACAGGUUGACGCUGCGAUCGAACAGAUCCGUCCACUGUACGAACAGAUCCAUGGUUACGUUCGAUACAAGCUAAGGAAGCACUACGGCAGUGAGAUCGUAUCGGAGAAGGGUCCGAUUCCGAUUCAUCUGCUCGGUAACAUGUGGGGACAAACCUGGGAUAACAUUGCCGAUAUCACGACUCCCUUCCCGAACAAGAAGCUGCUGGAUGUUACCGAAGAGAUGGUUCGCCAGGGUUACACUGCAGUGAAGAUGUUCGAGAUGGGCGAUCAGUUCUUCCAGUCGUUGAACAUGACCAAGCUGCCACCCACCUUCUGGGAGAAGAGUAUUUUGGAAAAACCGAACGAUGGUCGCGAGCUGGUGUGCCACGCUAGUGCAUGGGACUUCUACAAGAAGGAUGACGUACGCAUCAAGCAGUGCACACGCAUCAACAUGGAGGACUUCUUUACGGUGCAUCACGAGCUGGGACACAUCCAGUACUAUCUGCAAUAUCAGCAUCUGCCGAGCGUGUACCGUGAAGGAGCCAACCCUGGUUUCCAUGAGGCCGUUGGUGAUGUACUGUCGCUUUCCGUUUCCACUCCGAAGCAUCUGGAAAAGAUCGGACUCCUGAAGGACUUUAUACUGGACGAGGAAUCGAAGCUGAACCAGUUCUAUCAAGCAGGUCUGUCGAAGCUGGUGUUCCUGCCGUUCGCUUACACACUGGACAAAUAUCGCUGGGAAAUAUUCCGUGGUGAUGUCAAGCCGGAACAUUACAACUGUAAGUUCUGGGAGAUGCGCUCGAAGUACUCCGGCCUGGAGCCACCGGUUGAAAGAGGCGAGAGCGAUUUUGAUGCUGCGGCGAAGUAUCACGUGUCGGCCGAUGUUGAGUACCUGCGAUACUUUGUGUCGUACAUCGUGCAGUUCCAGUUCCAUCGGGCUGCUUGUGAGAAGGCUGGCCAGUACGUGAAGGGUGAUCCGGAGAAGACGCUUAACAAUUGCGAUAUCUAUCAGAGCGCUGAGGCUGGUAAUGCGCUGAAGGCGAUGUUGGCGAUGGGAUCCUCGAAGCCGUGGCCAGAUGCGAUGGAAGUGCUGACCGGGCAGCGCAAGAUGAGUGCGGAUGCGUUGAUCGAAUACUUUAAACCACUGUACGAUUGGUUGGUGAAGGAGAACAAAGCCCUAGGGGCGUUUGUUGGAUGGGAGGAAAAACUUAAGUGCAAAUCAUCGUAAACUAUGAGCAUUUAGCGUAACGCAUUUCCCGCAUAUGAUCUCCAGACCAUUAAAAGACAUCGACACGAUCGAUUCAAUGAUAUUGAUAAUCUUCUGGAGAAGAAUGUUAUCGUUGAGCUUCUUAAUAAAGUAAGACACACAAACAAA